AUGCUAUCCACAACAAUACGAAACAGAAUACACAAAAUAAUCUCGGGCAACAAGCUCAUCCUCGAAAAUGAAGAUAACCAAACGAACCUGAAAAACGUUGUUAAUAACUGCACGCUGAUAGAGAAUUCCUUGCGGAAAGAAUUCUUGGAGUACAGACGGCUUCCCAGGAACAAACUAAACGCUCUCAUUAUCGACGUUUUGAAGAAAACGUUUGAAGGGGAUGGUGUCUCCAAGGGGGGAGGUAUUUCUUGGAACGGGUUCCAGGGAAGUCGCGGGGCGGGGGAGCAGCACCGUCACCACGGUGAGCCCAAUGGGCGCGACCAUCACGAUCAUGACAGCCAAGACGGUGAUACGUUGCAGCCGCGCGAGCAAGACGAACCGCCAUCCCCCACCAAAGGAAAAAAAAAAAAAGAACAGGAUGAACAACUGUCCCAAGAUGGAAGUAGAAAAGUCAAGCGUGCCCUACUAAAAAUGGGAGACAACAAGAAGAAAAGGGUGAAGGAGGAAAAAAAUGCAGACUUCAGCUCAGAAAAGGAGAAGGGGAAGUCCCAAAAGGACAGCGUCAAGGAACAAAGCUACGCAGCAUAUAAUCUCCUGAAGGACGUUAAAAAAAACAUCGAAACAGAUACCAAUUUAGGGAACUAUAAAGGAAUAAAAAAUAUCAAAAAAGACAUUUAUUACAGCAUAAUUUACCCCCAUAAAUUUAGGGAGGGUAAUUUCAGCACAAUUGUUAAUAUUAGCGGAAUCAGUGGGUCAGGAAAAACCACAUUAUCGUAUGCGAUAGCCGGAGAAUGUGACUGUCCAUUUUUUUACCUAAAGCUGCCAGAAUAUAUAAAAUAUAUUUCCAAUGAUAGUAAAAAUAAUAAGUUAAAAUUAAUUUUUGAGCAAAUAAUAAACGAGUAUAAUGAGGCUAUCCUUUGCAUAGACGAUAUAGAUGUGAUCCUUUCAUCCAAAGAUGAUUCAACAGAUCUGUAUCUCUUCACAUAUCUGCUGAGCCUCUUUGAAAACUCAAAUGUUCUCAUACUUUUACUAAGUGUUAACAAACCGUAUGACAGUGUUCUGUAUACAAAAAUUAAAAAAUUUAUCUCCAUACCUAUCCCUACGUACGAAGAUCGAGUGGAAAUUCUCGAAUUCAUGGCGGAAGAGUUUUCCCUCACAUUUGAUUCGAAAUAUGCAGCAGCUUUAACAUACGGCUUUCAUCGGGGACACCUCUACGAUAUUGCAAACGAGUCGAUGAAUCUGUGCAUAUAUGACCAAGUGGACGGGGGGGGUUUGGCCGGGAUAAGGAGCGAGAUGGACGUAGCCUCCACUGAGAGGGACUCCAGUGGGAAGCCCAGAUCGGAGGUACUACCUCCGGUGGGUCAGGGCACGCAACUUGCAGCUUCAAUCCAGAAUAAUGACGCCCCUCAUCCGAACGGAGAAAACAUUUACCAGGUGAACAACUCGGAAGUACGUCCAAAUGGGGGUAAACCUCAAGAGGAUGACUCGAAAAGGGAUGCCGUCACAACGUUUAACUCUCAUACAGUUCCCUCGAAGCAGAGGAACGAAACAAACCUGAAGAGGAAGGAGCAGAGCGGAGGAGCUAUAACGUACAAAGUGAAAAGACCAAAAAUGACCUGCCGAAAAAUAAAUGACGAGAUUAUUCACCAAAGUGUAAGAAAUAUAAAAAAGAAAAUGAUUACACAGAAUAUAUGUGAAGUGCCAAAUAUCAACUUGGACAAUAUUGGCUCCUUAAAAAAAAUCAAAAAAGUGUUAGAGACGAAAUUCAUCUUACCAGUGAAAUAUGCAAACAUUUACAAACAUCUAGGGAUAAACAAAAGCAUGGGAAUAUUACUUUAUGGGCCACCUGGAUGUGGAAAAACGAUGCUUGCCAAAGCUAUAAGUAACGAAAUGAAGGCCAAUUUUAUAGCUAUCAAGGGACCCGAAAUUUUGAAUAAAUAUGUUGGAGAAAGUGAAAAAAAAGUCAGAGAAAUAUUUUCCUACGCAUCUAUUUACAAGCCUUGUCUCAUCUUUUUCGACGAAAUUGACAGUAUUUGCAUUAACAGGGCAAACAACAAAGCUGCAGCAGCAUCCGAUCGAAUUGUAAACCAACUGCUCACUGAAAUGGAUGGACUCUCCCAAAGGGAAAGUGUCUACAUCAUUGCUACGACGAAUAGACCAGAUAUAAUCGACAAGGCAUUGCUAAGAAGCGGUAGAUUUGAUCAACUUAUUUACAUUUCUUUACCAAAAUAUCAGGGACGAAUUGAUAUUUUGAGAAAGCUCUCCAGAAAUAUGCCCCUGGAUGCUGAUGUAGAUUUUCCCAAAAUUUCUCGGUUGACCAAGGGUUAUAGCGGGGCUGACUUGUACGGAGUUCUGCGAGAAAGUGCUUUCAUCGCUCUCCAGGACUGUCGAGAUAAAAUCGAUUUAUUGAACUCGGGUUUGUCGAGCGGCGGUGAUGCAACACAGCACUCCCGCGAAGAAGGUGGCUUCUGCAGGGAUACAUCCAAUGAGCCCUCCUUUGUGAAACGCGAAAAUGGGGACACGGUUACAGAUGUUGGAAGUAGCAACUGCACGAAGGGCUCCUUCGAUGGAGGCACAAAAAUGCCCAGUCAAUGUAGCGUGGCAACUAUUGAUCAAAGCCAAGUAGGGGAAUGCACCCAAAAGGGGGCCAACUACGCUAAUCCUCAUUUGUGUUUCCCACCGCUUAAUGUUCCUAAUGCGCCCGCAUACGAUGAGAAUAGCGCAGAAGCAUGCUCACCAGAACGAAGCAAAAAUUUGUUGUGCCCCUCCGACACUGUCGAGGAGGCGUCCAAAAUGACUGAGUUAACAAACGAAAGGGGAACCUCCCUAACGGAGAAGACGACCAGUUUGCUUUUCUCCAAUCCCGAUGGUAGAGCCAAUUUAUCAGAUGAGCCAAACGAACAAUCGGAAUGGAAACAGAAAUGUCUGCUAUCCCAGCAAGUUGAAUUAAGAAGAAGGAAAAAAAUGAGUAUCCCACCCAGUCUUGAUAACCUUGCCAUGGAAAAUAAUCGGAUGUACAAAAUUAACAGUUUAGAAAACAAAGACAUAAGUGAGAAAGAUAAGAAUAACUUAAUUUAUGAGUUCAUUCAAAGGAAUAAAAACAUACUGACAAUUAGCCAAAGGCACAUCCUGCUGGCGGUUAAGAUGGUCCCACGCAGCGUUACCAGUAAGCAGAUGAAAUAUUACAAAGAAAUAAGUAAGAAGUUUAAGUGA